GCUGCACAUAGUGAUCAGCAAGGACAACGUAGACGCCGCCAGCUUUCUUUUGUCGCACGCCUCCGAGUUACGCAGAAGCGGCGGUGGCACGCUACUUGAGGAACUGUUCCAGGCGUGCGCGACGGGCGAGCGUUUCCGCGACACCGUCAUGAUGGGCCAGCUGCCACUGUCGGUGGCCGCACUCACGCUCAACCUGGAUAUGGUCACGCUCCUACUCGACUACGGCGCGCAGCUGCACGCGCAGAACGCGCUGGGCGACACGGUACUCCACUCUCUCGUUCGCUACGCCGGCGUGCACAGCGACCAGCGCGCCAGCGUUCUGGAAAUGCUGAGAAGCCUGCACGACACGCUGGCGCCGCGGAACUUCUCGCGAGACAUGUCGCGGCUGUCGCGCCGCGCAGGAGAGGAUAAGAAGCGCGACCCGCUGGAAGUAUGGCUCCUUGAAAACGAUGCCGGGCAGACGCCGCUCAAGCUCGCCGCCGUGCUCGGCGAGGCGGAUAUUUUCGCCGCCAUCUUCGCCCUCGACGGAGUGUACAGCCAGCUGGACGAGCACGAUGGCGUCUUCGACAUCCAUCUCUGUGACAUCACGGAGAUCGACACGGUGGCCCAGCACAAGUGGGGGCGACUGGUAGCCCACCCAACGACAGCACACACUCGGCCCAGAAAGCCAGAGAAGAAGAAACUAAAGAACGGGCAGGUGGCGCCUGUAGGGGGACCUGGCGACCUUACCCCCGCCACGCCCUCAUCGGUGGAGGUGAUGGACGGUAAAGAGGAGACACCAUCACCCGACGCAGAGCCCUCUGUGGGAUGCUGUGCCUCCCAAGCGCGGGAGGGGACAACUCCGCACAGACGUGAAGCCGUGCUAGAGAUCAUCUGCACAAUCAGCGUACGGCAGGCCUUCGGGCUGCUCAGGGUGGACGUGGUCCGGGACACCAUCAAAGCCAAGUGGGCCGCCUACCGGCCCUUCUUCUACCUAUGGAUGUUCCUGCAUCUCUGUCUCAUGACGCUCCUCACCACGUACGCCGUGUACAAGACCAAAGUCAUCAACGUUGAAGUGUAUGACAAUGACAACAACAUCAUAACCACCACCACUAACAGCAGCGUGAGCACAACGGCGGGCCCCACAUCCGUGACGCAGCAGCUCACGCCGGCGCUCGUCAGCGCCCAGGAGGAAAACUUAGUGCAGGCCACGGCCUGGCUCUCUAUCUGCUUCGGCGGCGUCUAUCUGGCUCUCGAGGCCGUGCGCUCCUUCUACAUGCGCCAGGCCUGGCACUUUCGCCUCAUCCACCACAACGGACUGUACCGGCUGACCCUGGUCCUCUUCUCCCUCAGCCUCAUCGCAGACAGCUGCUGGUUCCUCUCGGCGCCGCCCGACAACAACUACUUCCUCAUCCUUGCUCUCCUACUCGGCUGGUGGUUCAUGACCUUCGCCCUCAGAGUGCACAAAAAGUUCUCCUUUUUCACUGUCAUGUUCCAGAAGGUUCUUCUCGGCGACAUGUUCCGCUUCUCGCUGCUCAUCAUGCUGGAGCUUCUCUCCUUCUCUGUAGCCAUGCACGUGACCUACCUGAACUCACUGCCCAUUCCCGACGGCUUUAGGAACCUGGGCGUCACAGUCAUGACUAUGUUCAAGCUCAUGCUCGGACUGACGGAUAUAGAGAUCCUCUACGACGCUCGCCACCCCUGGAUGGCAGUCACUCUCUUCGUCCUCUUCGUUCUGUUCACCUACGUCCUACUCAUUAACUCACUGAUCGCCAUGAUGUCACAGACAUGCGCACUCGUCUCAGAAGACCGAAACAGCCAAUGGGAACUGCAGACGCUGUCUGUCGUCCUGCUACUGGAGAGUUUGCUCCCCUCUUGCUGCCGCCACUGCCCAGGAGAGCCCAAAAAAGUCUUGCGGUACGACAUCAAGAAGAAAAAGAAGGUGGAAGACCAGAGGUAUUUCCGAUCUGUCACCUCAAUUCAGACACAAUACUCCGACGGCCACGCUAUUGUCAAGAGAAUUCAAAUGAUCAGUACUCUAGGGUUCGAUGACCAUAGCAUGCAACACGCAUCUCCAAUGGAAAAUUUCGGACUACUCGCCACUCAAAUGGGGACCACUGGACCAUUUACUUCUCAAAUGGCACCAUACAAACGAACAGCCAGUCCUAUAAGACAGACAAACACAUUGGCAAGACUUCGGUACCAACGCCUCCACAGUCUUCUCAAAAUUAACAAUUUGCUCAAACAGAAUAAUCCAUUACCUUUCAAGUCAACAAACUUACAAAAGCCGAACAACCCUGAAAGCCCCAACACUCAUAUCUUGACAACAAUCAAAGACGAAAGAGAAGAGGAGCGCAAUGUUGAAAAGAAUACUAGCAGAGAGAACGGAUCUGUCACAAAAUCCCCAAGUCAGACUAGAAGAAGACAUAACAGUGAGCUCAGAAGCAAAAAGAUACAAACAGACAGCGCUCCCCCUGAGCCCCUGUCCAAGUCUCUGCCAGACGGAGACAUGCGCAAACAGCUGGAAGAGGCGCGUUCGGCUCAGCCUGUUGUCCACUUUCUCACCAUUCCCGACAUCACUGCAGGACCUACCAACACCAACAGCCAGCCCGUCCAAGGGCUUAAUGGUCAACCAUUGCACCUACAAAACGGCAAACUGGUACACUUACAAAACGGUCAACCGGCGCACUUACAAAACGGUCAACCGGUGCACUUACAAAAUGACCACCAAUGGCAAAUUCAAAAUGGCCAGUUGGUUCAAAAUCAAAACGGCCAACAAAUGCUCAUACAAAACAUACAACCUGUGCAAAAUGCUCCAAGCAUCGGUAACCUUCCGCUCCAGUUGCAAAAUGGCCUUCCAUACAUUUCCUCCCAGCCUGGCUAUGUUCUUACCAACACCCAAGCAAUGGGGGGAUCUGACCCGACCGUUAACUCAGCCCCACCCAGCCCCGUCCUGGGCCACUUUGUCCACGGGCCGGUAUACGGGCAGCCGGUCACCUUCAGACCCCAGUCUAUACACUCCGCGCCCCCAACAGACCGCAGUCCACUGGGAACAACCACUCCAAACAUCACUGACCGCUAUCUAUUAGUGCCGCCCAAGUUUGGGCCGAGCGCACGAGUGCGGACCAUUUCUGACGGAAUCCUCUACGACCCAGGCCGGGGUGACAACUUAGAGCAGCGCAGAGAUCACAGCCACACCAGAGUGCACUUCAGAGAUCUCGAUAUCAAUGACGUCAAAGCCGAUACUUAAGAGGCUUCUUUUUUUUUUUUUCAAUUAGCCUAUUAAGAGUUUUACACGGCACUUCCAUAACAAUGAAGUCACAGCCGUGCUGAAGAUUACAGAUGUUACUAGAGAGUACCAUAUAAAGAAAAGGACAGGAGAUAGAUGGUUAGUUUAUUGUUUUCGUGAGAGUUUUACGGCAUUUGCACCACAAUUAGGUUAUAUAAGUGCCAAAGACUGUAAGUAACAAACACAAAAAAGGAGGAGAGAUGAAGGCGAUAAAUGUUUGAUAGGUCAGAAGGGGCAAACCAUAACAUAGCGGAUGUCAUACUUGAGAGGGGACAAGACAAGGUAAACAUUACAGAGCCGAUCAAAACCUCUUCUCAGUGAACACCAAAAAAAAAAAAAAAAGCCACAUGAGCUUCCCUGGUGCCUGGAUUAUAAAUUAAUAGUAUUGCCGUAUGGGGUAAAUGUCCUUUUCAAUACUGAACAAUACUGAAAGCAGAUCUUUGAACCAAUGCCCAACCCUUAGUUUUCUUCGUUUAAGUUUUUGCUGAACUUCCAGCACAUACAGGUCAUAUAAGUGCCAAAGACAAGAGGAGUUACAAGAGAGUAACAUACAAAGUAAAGAAGGAAAGGGUGAUAGAUGUUAAUAUGAAAGAAGAAGCAAACCACACCAGAAAUAACAGGCGUCCCUUUUAAUACUGAACAAUGCCAAAAGCGGAUUUCACAAUUAACGUUCAUCCCUGACAUUAGGAUUGAAGGAAGUGGGAGGACAGGCGUAAAAAUCCCCAAAGAACACGAAUUCAAGAAUGCUCUGUUAAGAAGACCAGAGUUCGAUUCCUGUGAACGGAGAAUUAUUAUAGAGUAUCUCUGGAGAUUUUUCUUUUUUUGCCGGGACGUUGUAUCCCUCUCAGUUUUGGUUGACCCUGACAGGCAAUGUUUAAGCCCUACUCCAAAAUGUUCUAAAUUGUGUCCAUGGGGCGUCAAACCCCUCUACAGGAAAACACUAAAACAGUCAGUCUUAGUGCUAUGGAAGACAAGGACGAAUAGACGAAAAUCAAAAGGGGCAGAGGAAAGAAGUUGGAUCUACUAACAUCACCCUCCAAAUAUCCUUGACCAAAGUAUUAGUUAUUUAGUUUUAGUAGAAGUUUUACGGCGCUCGCAACUGAAUAAGGUUAUAUGAGCGCCAGAAGAUAAACGGUG